ACCUUCUGGCUUGUAGCAUAGCCCUCAACCAACUACGCUACUGCGUGCCCCCAAAUGUCUAACACCAUAUUGACAAUAUUCAUAAAUAAACUAAUUCCAUAGCAUUCUUGAUGUAUUUUGGAAAAAAAACUGCAGGUUAUUACAAAUAUCUUAUAAAAACUCCAUAAAACAAGUGCCUCGUUGAGUCAAGAAAUUCUCCGCUUUUUAUGGAAACCGAAAUUUCUUGCCCUGUUCAUGGGAUCCAGCAAGGCUGGAGUAUCGUGUACAUUUCGUUCAACCCCCAAGUUGGAGGACCACCAUUUGUCAGCUGAUAUCCCAGACAUCUUGAGGCUAGGUUGAUGUUGGCCAACGCCGCUGAGACGCGUAACUCACGUAACAUGAACUGGAAAUACCUGCCGGCGUACAAGUACAUUGCUUCGGUACAACGUGUAAUGCGACGGAGAUUGGCUGGGUGACAAUGACUGGUUAACAGACACUCCUAUCACGUUCAAGUUGCCCAAUGACACGGUGACUUUGCUUUCUUGACAGACAACGCAGCCACUGUUAUAUGAAGUGCAUCCCAUGCCGUAAAUCCAGUCGCGUUCAUAGAGAUCAAGCAGAGAAGUUGGGUUAUUUCGAAAGGUCUGUGAAACUGGCACCGAGUUUGAAUGUAUUGUAUGUAUGGCAGCACUACAGACUGACAAUAUCUAUUACCUAUUUCAAGUAUCGUAACUUGGAUCCAAAGUGCCCUUCACAAGUGUUUUCACCCAUUAUCAGUGACUCACACACACAAAUACUCGAAUUCUUGCAGCUCAGAGGGAGUAAGUCCAUAAAAGGAAAAUAACCAUGCUUGGAGUAAUAACUGAGGCAGUUUUCCAGAGUUGGCUGCCCAUUGCCUUCAUUUUUGCUUAUUUAAUCUACUGGUACUCCACAUGUACCUUCAACUACUGGAAGGAGAAAGGCAUCCCUUACAUCAAACCAACACCUGGAUUUGGCAAUACAAGAAAGAUGUUUUUCAAGACCUCAUUUGCUGAGCAAUUCAAGAUAUUCUAUGAUGCUUUUGAUGGAAAACCAUUCUGUGGAGUGUUCCAGUUCCGAUCGCCAAUUCUUGUGAUCAGGGACCCAGAUAUUAUCAGACUUGUAAUGGUGAAGGACUUCCCAUACUUUCAGGACCGACGAGUUUCAUUCAAUGAAAAGAAAGAGCCACUGAGUGCACACCUCUUGAACAUGAGAGGCAGCCAGUGGCGUAGACUGCGUGCAAAACUUACACCAACAUUCACUUCUGGAAAGAUGAAGAUGAUGUUUAACUUGAUGAAUGAAUGUGCAGAGGAACUCAGAAGCUUCCUAGCAGGACCUGCUUCAAGAAAUGAAGAUCUGGAAAUCAAGGAAAUCAUGGCAAAAUUUACCACUGAUAUUAUUGGCAGCUGUGUCUUUGGUCUGAAGUGCAAUUCACUGAAAGACCCAGAUUCAGAAUUUAGAAACAUGGGACGUAAAGUUGUAGAGCCUUCUUUAAGUAAUGUGGUAAGGCGGCUGCUUGGCUUACUUGUGCCCAAACUUGGUAUCCGAGUUCUACCUUGGGAAGUCACCCAGUUCUUCAUAUCAGCUGUCAGAGAGACAAUAAAGUACCGGGAGCAGCACAACAUAGUACGUAAUGAUUUCAUGCAGCAACUUAUCCAAUUGAAGAACCAAGGACACAUUCAGGAAGAUGAUGAAGUUAACAAGGAAAACAUGAAGAAGGAAUUCUCUACAAAUAAUACAACACUGCCAGCAAAAAAUGGUGUGAACAUCACAGAAAAUAUAGUCUUUACUGACAGCAGACUGGCAUCUCAGGCAUUCAUAUUUUUCUUGGCUGGAUUUGAAACAUCAUCCACUACACUGAGCUUCUGCUUGUAUGAGCUUGCUGUGAAUCCAGAUAUUCAAACCAAACUCAGGGAAGAGAUAGAUGCAACACUUGGGAAGAUGGGAGGGCAGAUCACAUAUGAUGGUGUUCAGAGCAUGAAAUAUCUCGGUCAAGUGAUAGAUGAGACUCUACGAAAGCAUCCCCCUGCGUCAAACAUCACUCGUAUUGUGACACAGCCAUACACCAUACCAGACACUUCAGCUAAACUUGAGAAAGGCAUCAGAGUUGUCAUACCAGUAUAUGCCAUUCAUCAUGACCCACGAUACUAUCCAGAACCUGGUCGUUUUGAUCCAGAACGCUUUAGUGAUGAAGCCAAGUCUUCAAGACCGCAUUUCACAUAUUUGCCCUUUGGAGAGGGACCAAGGAACUGCAUUGGGAUGCGUUUUGGAUUGCUGCAAACGAAAAUAGGCCUUACUGUACUUCUGUCAAACUUUGAGUUUAGUGUAUGUGAGAUGACUAAACAGCCUUUAGAACUGGACCCAAAGUCUUUUAUCACAUCAGCAAAAGGUGGAAUAUGGCUGAAGAUAAGUGAACGUUCAACACCAAAAUAGUGUACUGACAGAGACAGGCGAUGAUAACCAGUUUUCUUCAUGUCAUAAAUGAGUAUAAAGUGUUCUCCAGAAUUUGUUAAAAACGAAGUUUCUGUUUGCAUUAAAGUAAAAGAAAUAUUGAUAUUUCACAUGAAUGUAGUACAAAUGGCUUGUAUCCCUCAUGACAGGGAAAAAAUAGCACACAAAUAG